AGCCUCUCGGCCCGUAUUCUUCCGAAAAUCUGGACGACCUCAUCGUCCCUCGCUCAACCCUAAUCAUUUGAUUAGUCUAUCGCGAGAGGAGCAGAGAAGAAAGGGGAGGAGGGCGGCGCGAAUCCUCUUCCAUUCACUGCGUUUCCCGCUGCGACGAAUUAUUGUAUUCUCACAUCUAUCGGUUAGUCGAUUCUGCAGAUCGAUCCGGAUCGAAGAAGAUUCGGGAUGGAUCAGCAGGUUGCUAUUGCGCUCGGCGCGGAUCCCGCGGCGUUUGAGGCGUUGAUCUCUCAGUUGAUGUCGUCGGGGAACGAGCUGCGGUCGCAGGCGGAGGUUAUUUUUAACCUAUGUCGCGAGCGCCACCCGGACGCCCUUGGUCUGAAGCUUGCACAAGUCCUGCACUCGUCGCAGUCGCUGGAGAUCCGCGCCAUGGCGGCCGUGCUCCUCCGUAAGCAGGUCACCUCGUCGUCUGGUGGCGAGUCGGAAGAGUCAUCGUCUUACAUCUGGUCACGGCUGACCCCCGCCACCCAAUCAUCUAUUAAAUCUCUCCUUCUGUCUGCUGUUCAGAGAGAGGAGACGAAGAGCAUCGCUAAGAAGCUUUGCGAUACCGUCUCUGAGCUUGCUUCCAAUCUUCUUCCUGACGAUGCGUGGCCGGAGCUGCUUCCUUUCAUGUUUCAGGCCGUGACCUCCGACUCUCCGCGGCUUCAGGAAUCCGCCUUGCUUAUCUUCUCGCAGCUUGCCCAGUAUAUCGGCGACAUACUCCUCCCCCACCUUGGUACUCUUCAUUCGGUUUUUCUCAACUCAUUGUCCCAUCCUAUGUCGCCAGAUGUACGCAUCGCUGCGCUUGGGGCAUCGAUCAAUUUUGUCCAGUGCCUUGAAUCUACUUCUGAACGCGAGCAGUUCCAGGACCUCCUUCCUGCCAUGAUGCUAACUCUUACAGAGGCACUUAAUACAGGAAACGAGGCUACCGCCCAGGAAGCUCUUGAGCUUCUCAUUGAGCUUGCAGGCACAGAACCCCGGUUUCUCAGGCGCCAGCUGGCAGAUGUUGUUGGUUCUAUGCUCCAGAUCGCUGAAGCUGACCGCCUGGAGGAAGGGACUAGGCAUCUUGCUGUGGAGUUUGUGAUUACUCUUGCGGAAGCGCGUGAGCGAGCCCCGGGGAUGAUGAGACGACUGCCCCAAUUCAUUGGGAGCCUCUUUGCCGUGCUGAUGAAGAUGUUGCUUGAUAUUGAGGAUGAGCCUGCUUGGCAUGGGGCUGAAACUGAGGAUGAGGAUGCUGGAGAGACGAGUAACUACAGUGUGGGGCAAGAGUGUCUUGAUCGACUGUCUAUUGCCCUAGGAGGGAACACCAUUGUUCCAGUUGCCUCAGAAUUGCUUCCGCAGUAUUUAGCAGCCCCAGAAUGGCAGAAACGUCAUGCGGCUCUAAUUACUCUUGCACAAAUUGCGGAAGGGUGUGCAAAGGUCAUGAUUAAGAACUUGGAGCAGAUUGUUUCUAUGGUACUGAACUCAUUUAGAGAUCCACAUCCUCGUGUACGCUGGGCAGCUAUAAAUGCUAUUGGACAGUUGUCCACAGAUUUGGGUCCUGAUCUUCAAGUCCUUUAUCACCAGCAAGUGCUGCCAGCUCUGGCCUCUGCUAUGGAUGAUUUCCAGAAUCCUCGCGUGCAGGCACAUGCUGCUUCAGCAGUACUCAAUUUCACUGAGAACUGCACUCCUGAUACUUUAUCACCUUACUUGGAUGGAAUUGUUAGCAAAUUGCUUGUGUUGCUUCAGAAUGGGAAGCAGAUGGUGCAAGAAGGAGCAUUGACAGCUUUAGCGUCAGUUGCUGAUUCAUCUCAGGAGCACUUCCAAAAAUAUUAUGAUGCUGUCAUGCCAUAUCUUAAAGCUAUUUUGAUGAAUGCCACUGACAAGUCAAAUAGAAUGUUGCGUGCCAAAUCCAUGGAGUGUAUAAGCCUCGUUGGAAUGGCUGUGGGCAAGGAUAAAUUUAGGGAUGAUGCUAAGCAGGUAAUGGAAGUGCUGAUGUCAUUGCAAGGUUCACAAUUGGAAAAUGACGAUCCUAUAACUAGCUACAUGCUUCAAGCUUGGGCCAGGCUCUGCAAGUGCCUAGGGCAAGAUUUUCUUCCAUACAUGAAUGUUGUCAUGCCUCCAUUGCUUAAAUCUGCUCAACUAAAACCAGAUGUCACUAUAACAUCUGCAGACACAGAUGAGGAAAUAGAUGAUUCAGAUGAUGACAGCAUAGAGACGAUCACUCUUGGGGACAAAAGAAUCGGGAUCCGAACUAGCGUCUUGGAGGAAAAAGCUACAGCUUGUAACAUGCUGUGUUGUUAUGCUGAUGAGCUGAAGGAGGGUUUCUUUCCUUGGAUUGAUCAGGUUGCUCCCACUUUGGUGCCUCUUCUCAAAUUUUAUUUUCAUGAAGAAGUUCGGAAGGCUUCUGUUUCAGCUAUGCCAGAGCUUCUGAGAUCAGCAAAAUUAGCAGUGGAGAAGGGGUUGGCUUCUGGUCGAGAUGAGUCCUAUGUCAAGCAGCUAUCGGAUUACAUUAUUCCAGCUUUAGUAGAAGCUCUUCACAAGGAACCUGAGGUUGAAAUAUGUGCAUCUAUGCUGGAUUCGUUGAAUGAAUGUGCAGAGCUCGCUGGGCAGCUUCUUAGUGAGGGUCAGGUUCGAUCAAUUGUGGAUGAACUCAAGCAUGUGAUAACUGCAAGUUCCACAAGGAAAAGAGAAAGAUCUGAGAGGACCAAAGCAGAGGAUUUUGAUGCGGACGAGGGGGAUCUACUCAAAGAAGAAAAUGAGCAGGAAGAGGAAGUUUUCAAUCAGGUUGGUGACUGUUUGGGCACCUUGAUUAAAACCUUUAAAGCUUCUUUCCUGCCAUUUUUUGAGGAGAUUUCAAUCUAUGUAACAGCAAUGCUGGGCAAAGAUAAAACACCCGAGGAAAGAAGAAUUGCCAUUUGUAUUUUUGAUGAUGUUGCUGAACAAUGCCAAGAAACAGCCCUUAAAUACUAUGAUACCUACGUGCCAUUCUUAUUGGAAGCAUGCAACGAUGAAAGUUCAGAUGUUAGACAGGCUGCAGUUUAUGGUAUUGGUGUUUGUGCUGAGUUUGGUGGUUCUGUUUUUAGACCGCUUGUUGGAGAAGCGCUCUCCCGGCUAAAUAAUGUAAUAAGACACCCAAAUGCUCAGCAUUCAGACAAUGUAAUGGCGUAUGACAAUGCUGUUUCGGCUCUUGGAAAAAUAUGUCAAUUUCAUCGUAAUAGCAUUGAUGCCGCUCAGGUUGUUCCUUCUUGGUUAAGCUGUUUGCCGAUAAAAGGCGAUCUUAUUGAGGCUAAGCUAGUCCAUGAGCAGCUUUGUUUGAUGGUGGAAAGGUCGGAUGGAGAACUUUUGGGCCCCAACAAUCAAUAUUUGCCCAAAAUUGUUUCUGUAUUUGCCGAGGUUUUAUGUGCCGGAAAUGAUUUAGCCACAGAGCAGACGGCGAGCAGGAUGGUUAAUCUAUUACGACAGCUCCAGCAAACUCUGCCACCUGCAGUGCUUGCUUCGACUUGGUCCGCUUUACACCCACAGCAGCAGCUCGCGCUGCAAUCCGUCCUCUCAACGUAGUAUUAUUCUCACCGGCAUUCUCUUCGUCCAAGUGUUCGGUUGCAUCGUAUAUCAUUGAGUUGCCCCAAUCUUUUUAUCACCAAUUUCUUUUGCAUGGAUUGCAGGUGCAAUCAGCAGCUUUAUUCUGCUCAUUAGAGAGCAAAAGCAUGAGAGUCUCUGGUUGGGCUUGUGUUGUACGAUGUGCAUAAUAGCGGUGAUUGGAAAUAUCACCUUUGUUUCCUUUGCAUCCUUAUUGCGAAGGGGAGUUCUUUCUUUCCUUUUUUUUUUGUUUCAAUUUUUUUUUUGUGGUGGAUUCGAGAUUUUUGCAAUGUUUAUUUAUGUUGUAUUCGGUAUUACUGUUGUUUGGGUUAGAUAGCAGGGAUGUGAGUGAACUCAAGUUCCUGUUGCAGUUUUGGCAUAUUUGAUAUGUUCUUGAGAAACUGAAAAGUAUAAGUCCCAUAAUUAUAAAGCUUACGUUCCUAAUUA